AUGACUACCUUUAACAAAAUCGUUGCCAAUAAUCAAGUUGCAAAUGCUAAUGGUGGUAACGGUGUUGGUGUCGGUGGAGGUGGUAUUACCAAUGGUGGUGGUGCUGUUAUUGGUAGUACAGGUGUUGGAGGCGCUGGUGUAGGUGUUGGAGGCGCUGGUGGUACCAUUGGACAGACUGCAUCAAAUCGAGCUUAA